AUGGCUCUGGCUGCGAAAGAUUUGUCGAUAGCUACUGCAGAUGGUGCCCAGGACCAGACCCCUCCACAUCUGUCCCACGAUCCUGAGAAAAACUUGAAGAGGAGCGAUCCCUUCCAGUUUGGCUCUCGUCUGCUUAGCGAACAAGACAACGUCUUCGAAUUUAAUGCCUGGGACCAUGUUGAAGCUGACGAGACUUACAAGGAAUAUGCAGAAUUGCAAUAUGCCAAGCAGCGAGAGUCGCCCGUCUCCGAUUUUGACAAAAACAGAUUCAACUCGGAACCUGCAAAGUGGUGGAACAACUUCUACAAGAACAACACGGCGAAUUUCUUCAAGGACCGCAAAUGGCUCCAACAAGAAUUUCCCAUCCUCGCUGAGAUUACCAAGAUCGAUGCAGGUCCAAUAACACUCCUCGAGGUUGGUGCCGGUGCUGGGAACACGGCAUUUCCUAUCCUAGCCCAUAAUCAAAAUCCCCAUCUCAAAAUACAUGCAUGCGAUUUCUCCAAAAAGGCAGUGGAAGUGAUACGUGAGAAUGAGGCCUAUGUCUCCACGAACAUACAAGCGGAUGUCUGGGAUGCUGCCAGCGAGGAGCUACCUCCCGACCUUGGAGAGGAGUCUGUCGAUCUGGUCAUCAUGAUCUUCAUCUUUUCUGCCCUGUCGCCGCUACAGUGGAAACAAGCCGUACACAAUACCUUCCGCUUGCUGAAGCCCGGAGGCCAAGUGCUCUUCCGAGACUAUGGCCGGGGUGAUCUAGCUCAAGUGCGCUUCAAGAAGGGUCGCUACCUGGAGGAGAAUUUUUAUAUUCGAGGCGACGGAACACGGGUAUACUUCUUCGAGAAGGACGAGUUGAUCAAGAUCUGGACUGGCAAAGGCGCUGACGAAGAAGGCUCUUCAGACGCGUUACCAAGUACUGGAUUUGAAGUUCUGAAGCUGGGUGUUGACAGGAGACUGCUUGUCAACAGAGCCAAACAGCUGAAGAUGUACCGCUGCUGGAUGCAAGGCCGUUUUCAGAAGGUGCAGAAAAUAUCAUCAGUCUGA